UAUUAAAUUCGUAAACUAUUAAUAAAAAAAAUAAUGCCCGUCAAAUUAUCGGACAACUACGAUUUAUCAAAAUAUGUUAUAAUUCUUACUGGUGCAACUGAUGGCAUCGGUAAAGAGAUGGCAAAAUUUUUAUUCGGAUUCAAUCCAAAACGAUUGAUCAUACCCGCUCGUAAUAAAGAAAAAGGAAAUAAAUUAUUAGAAUAUCUUAAAUCUUCUAAAGGUCAUACAGAUAAUGUUGAAGUUUGGGAAAUGGAUUUAGCAGAUUUACAAAGUGUAAAAAAUUUUGCUAAUAAAUUCAUUAAUGAAGUUGGAGAAUUACAUAUGUUAAUUAAUAAUGCGGGUAUAGAAACUAAAAGACAAAUCCUUAAAACGAAGGAUAACUUGGAAUUACAAUUUCAGGUCAACCAUUUAUCACAUUUUUUGCUUACCAUAUUAUUAUUGGAUACGAUGAAAAAAUCAGUCUCUGCUGAAUUACCCGGAAAAAUUGUAAUUACUAGCUCGAGAGCCAACAAUUUUGGAGAAAUUGAUUUUGAUAAUUUAAAUCUUGAAAAAGGUGCUUACUGGAACCCUCUUAAGGGUUAUGCAAAUACAAAGUUAAUGAAUAUUAUUAUUUGUAAAGAGUUAAGUCGUAUGCUUCAAAACGAUCAUAUUACAACAUAUUCGCAUAAUCCUGGUGUAAUUUUAACAAACAUAUCCCAUUUGAAUACCGGUUUUUCCAUCUCAACUUUAACCAUAAAUACACUUGCGAGACUAUUUGGAAUAACAGCCGAGCAAGGUGCUACCAAUGUUCUUUAUCCUGCGCUUUCUCUUGAAAAUAAAGAAACAGGAAAAUAUUAUGAUGAAGGCAUUGAACAAGAGCCAAAUAAAGUAGCAUAUGAUGAAGAAAUCGCAAAGAAAUUAUGGAGUGUCUCUGAACAAAUAUUAAAAGAACAUGGAAUGAUUUGAAACUUUAAUCUUUUAAAUUCUUUAAAUUUUUAUUUAUUUCUUACCAUGAUUUCUUUUUUUUUAAAAAAAACUUUUUUCAUUAAUACAGCUGUAUAAAGGUUAAAAGCAUGAAAAUUUAAUAUUAUAUUCUUUAAAAUCUAUAAUAUUAUAUAUUAAAAUUUCGAGCAUUAUUAUUAUGUGUAAUUUUAAUCAAUUAACAAAAAUAGUAGGAUCACUACUUUUAUCUAGCUAGUAUAAUAAUUAUUAAAUUUCUU